GGGCGGAGCGCGACUCUACCUUCUUUACCAGCCCAGGCUUUCCUAGCCCUGCACAGCGCCGAGUGCUGCUCCUGUUUCAUUACCCUGUCGCGCAGUGUCGCUGCCGCUGCGGAGUGGGCGUUCAGUUUUCGGGUCGUCAUGGCUGGCUACGAAUACGUGAGCCCAGAGCAGCUGGCGGGCUUUGACAAGUACAAGUACAGUGCUUUGGAUACCAACCCGCUCUCUCUGUAUGUCAUGCAUCCAUUUUGGAACACUAUAGUGAAGGUGUUUCCUACUUGGCUGGCUCCCAAUCUUAUAACCUUUUCUGGCUUUAUGCUGCUUGUGUUCAAUUUCCUACUUCUGACAUACUUCGAUCCUGACUUCUAUGCUUCAGCACCCGGCCAUAAGCAUGUACCUGAUUGGGUCUGGAUCGUUGUGGGCAUCCUCAACUUUGUUGCCUACACUCUAGAUGGUGUAGAUGGGAAGCAAGCACGGAGAACCAACUCCAGCACCCCAUUGGGGGAGCUGUUUGACCAUGGCCUGGAUAGUUGGUCGUGUGUUUACUUUGUUGUGACUGUGUACUCCAUCUUUGGCCGAGGACCGACUGGUGUCAGUGUUUUUGUUCUUUAUCUCCUGCUAUGGGUAGUUUUGUUUUCUUUUAUCCUGUCUCACUGGGAGAAGUAUAACACAGGCGUUCUUUUCCUGCCAUGGGGAUACGACAUUAGCCAAGUGACUAUUUCUUUUGUCUACAUAGUGACUGCGGUUGUGGGAGUUGAGGCCUGGUAUGAACCUUUCCUGUUUAAUUUCUUAUAUAGAGACCUAUUCACUGCAAUGAUUAUUGGGUGUGCAUUAUGUGUGACUCUUCCAAUGAGUUUAUUAAACUUUUUUAGAAGCUAUAAGAGCAACACUCUGAAGCACAAUUCUGUCUAUGAAGCCAUGGUCCCCUUCUUCUCUCCGUGUUUGCUCUUCACGUUGUGUACAGUGUGGAUCCUCCGGUCACCUUCAGAUAUUUUAGAAGCACACCCUAGAAUAUUCUACUUCAUGGUUGGAACAGCUUUUGCCAAUAUCACAUGUCAGCUAAUCGUUUGCCAAAUGAGCAGCACACGGUGCCCGACUUUGAACUGGCUGCUGCUUCCUCUCUGCUUGGUUGUGGCGACAGUGAUCAUGGGUGGGGCCACCUCCCGCCUGGAGAGUGUUCUCCUUUACACACUUACGGCCGCCUUCACUCUGGCUCACAUCCACUAUGGAGUGCACGUGGUGAAGCAGCUGAGCCGACAUUUUCAGAUUUAUCCUUUUUCAUUGAGGAAACCAAACUCAGAUUGACUAGGAAUGGAAGAAAAGAACAUUGGCCUGUAACCUUGAGAAAGUACUGUAAAUAAAUGCGUGUAAAUACUUCAUCCAUCACCAGUGAACUCACCGGAUCUGCUUGACGGACGUGGGCUCUCAGUGCGUGCUGUAUGGACAGCAAGAACGAAACGUGGUCUCAGCUUGUGGGAUUAUGGACUUUCUAACUCCCAGCUUACUUUAUUUUAUUUUUUAUAAAACCAUGAGACACUUGGUUAAGCACAGUGUACAUUAAACCAGCUACAUGUUCCUAGCUUCAUGAGUCCAUGACGUUUUGACUCCUACAGAGUUGAAGAUGAUUUACUUUUAUGUUUAAGGUCCCCAGAUUGAUUCAGGGAACACUAAUGACAUUCAGAUAGCCACAGCAUGUCUUAAUAUUCGAUACUUUAUGGUAGUCCUUAGCUGUGUGAGUGAUAGACAGCCCAAAUAUAAUGAAGAAAAGCAUCAAAAAAGUCUUUUCGGCCAGAGGUGCCAGUGACUCCAGGACAGGGUACAGAUGCCAAAUCCUGGUUGCUCUCCAGUGAACUGCCUUUCCCACCUGCUAUGGAGGUCGUCUCGUAUCCUGGCUCUUAUUAUAGCUAAAUCCCGAUGAAUGGUUUAAUUUUCUUUUAGAGUGAAAUGUUCUUCUGUUACUUAGUAGGGACUGGGCUGUAAUUAGAGCUGGCCGUUGUGGCAUAGCUCAUUGUCUAAUUGUGGCUGUUCCUCUAUCAGCAGUGCAUUGCUAGGAUGGGGUGCCUGUGAGCUGUGAUUUUUAAGAAUACAUGUGACAGUCCCAAUCUUGUGUUACUUACAUGUGAGGAUAUAGAUAAAGUACCUUGUGAGAGGAAAUUUAAGCCGGAGUUAGGAGUCUCAGAGCUCCACACUGACCACAGUUAGCACCCUGGAUCUGUCUGUCCAGUCUUCUCUUGCUUUUCUUCUCUCCUUGGGUGAGCUGCUGUGGUCUUUAUUCCCAUAGAGGAUAAAGCAGAGAGAUAGUCUCUCUCCCCUAACUUGCCCAUCUCCCUAUUUGAAGAAAACUUUUGAUAUAUAUGCCUUACUGAGUAUUUACUUCCCUUGACUUAAAAUAAUUUUUGAGGUUUACUGACAACGUAAAAAAAAAACCCUUUUGCUGUAUUGUGGUUAUUUUAUAAAUCACGACUUUUUAUGAAUGUGGAGAUUUUUUUCCUUUGGACUUUUUCUUUAUUUACUUUGGUGGUGGUGAAAUUUACUUGCUGAUUUUAUUUUCUACUGAAUGAGGUUUGUGCUUAAAUGAAGAGUGUGUCUUAAACCCUUUUUUUUGGACAGGUUGCACUUGGAUAAAAUAGGCACCACUGUGUUGAUAUGUAAUUAAAUUCAUAACUGUUAUUUAUCUAUGAAUGUGACCAUCCUUAAAUAUUAUAGCUCAUUCCUUUGUUGAAUAUGUUUGCUGCUUUGUGAAAAAAAACAAAACCAUUGGUACGUCAUGUAAACAUUUUAAAAUUUUAAUCAUUGUUAUCCAGGCUGUUGGAAAUGCAUCCAGGAUUACAGUUCUGUGCUAACUUACAGCUCUGUGCUCAGUUUUAAUCAUUUGUAAAGCUUGCGUGUAUUUGGGGACAUUCUCUGAGACAAAAACAUGAAAGCAAAAAUUGGUGAGAGUUGAUGUGGAAAUGGAUAAUGGAUUCUGUGUUCGUUAAUAAAUUGCCAUCACGGAGGCCACAAAGGUGAGGCAGUUCCGUGGAGGUGACUGUUCUGUGA